AUGGUGAACGCUAGCUACCGUGUCAGCCACACCACUAAACUAAAGUUUGCCACAACCAAGACUCGACUACACACUGACUCUACACUAUCCGAGGAGCUCGGUGCAGACGGAUUCACCGCAGUGGCACUUGUUGGAGAUGGGAAAGAUCGAAAGAUCGAGGUCAUCGGGACCGCAAGUAUGAAGAAGUGGACAGAUGACGGCCUUUGGAUGUCUACCGAAAACGGGCAUGAUGCAAAUCAGGUUGAGGACAAGAACACAGCCCACAAUAGAUUCGUGGAUCAAAUGCUUCACCGACAUGCCUGUCCUGGAGACUAUGAGUUAGCCGUUGUUGCACUUCCGCCAGGUCCACAAUACCGCGGCAGAGGCAUUGCUGGGCAUCUUGUGAAGGCGUGUGAAGAAGAGAUUUUGCGGCGGUAUCGGGUCAAUGGAAAAGAUGUGUCGUCUCCGAUACGCAUUAUGAUUCGGGUCACUAAAGAAGACACUGGUGCCUACUGGUUAAAACAAGGGUUCACUGUUGUUGGUAGCAAGAGAUGUCCUAAAGGGUUCUGGGAUUCGUUGGAGGAUUUCAUUAUGUGGGCUAUGAUGCGAGAAUUUUCUACGAUAUAG